AUGAAAUACAGGAACUGGAGACAGGGACACGAUAACGCCGGUUUUGAUGAAGGUGACAUCCAAGGGUUGACACAAGACGAGAAACAGACGGUAGGAGCUGACGCAUACACAAGCACAAACCUUGACAACUUCCAGUACGCAGAUGAUGGAGCAGGCUGGUCGUCUGGGGAAGAUGUCCAAUCAGUAAAGGAAGAAGUAGAGGCUGGCAUCUCCAAAGUCAUCCUCAACUGGUGCCCACUCUGGAACAUGAAGAUCCAACAGAGCAAAACUAAAGCCAUGAUAUUUCCCCCUCCACAAGCAGAUGACAUAGAGAUAGAGGACUUGACAGUUGACAACAAGAGCAUUGAAGUGGUUGACAACUUCAAGCUUGUAGGAGUCACACUAGACCAACAACUCUCCUAUGACAAACACAUCACGACGACAAAGGCGAAGGCUUUCAGAGCCCUGAAAGCUGUAAGCAAGGUCACACAAGCUAAGAAGAAUCCCUCUCAACAAGCCCACAUCCUGCUGUACACAACUCUGGUCAGACCCAUCCUAGACUACGCUGCCGAAUGCACCAUCACUGCCAAAGACAGACUGGAGAAGGCUUACUCUCCUAUACAGAGACAGGCACUACUCACUGCUACUGGAUGUCUCGAGAGAACAAGCACUGAGGCCCUGGAAUCGAUAGCCGGCAUCCCACCUAUUGACAUCCAUCUCACUUGCAGACAGGCACAGAGCUACCUAAGAAUGAAGUCCAAACACAUGGGAAACCCCAUUUUCGACGCCAUUACAAACAUGAACUCACACAAGACAGACAUCCACAUCGGAACUCCGCUUCAUCUGCUACAGACCAGACUCAACGAAAUGAAGGGCGAGAUGGAAGAAAGCAUGGUUGACAAGGAGCCAUACUACGACUCCAGACUUCCUCCCUUCACCAUGGGCAGCAUCACUGGGUCCUUUACAGCUACAACCAUCACCACCGGGGGGAAAGACAAGGCACGAGAGGAAAUCCUGACCAUACUUCAAAACAUCACAGACGACAAUGUACCCACCACAGUCAUCUUCACUGACGGCUCGGCCCUUGGGAACCCUGGGCCCACCGGUUGUGCUGCAGUAGUGUACGAAAAGUGGGGAACCACGGAGCCGUUCGCUGUACGCAAACCGGUUGCCAGCAAAUCAAAUAACUACGAAGGGGAAAUUGAGGGACUACACCUAGCCAUAGACACCAUCACCAGAAGACCGACCACAUCAAACAAGAUACUCCUCCUCUGCGACUGCAAGGCAGCGAUUGAAACCGUCACAGGGGUGCAACAAGUGGAAGCCUACAACAGCCUGAUAAACACACUCAGAAGCAAACUCAGCACACUGAAAUCUAAAGGCUACACCAUACAGAUCACCUGGUGCCCAGGACACAUGGGUAUUCCUGGAAAUGAAAUUGCUGACAAGGAAGCUAAGCUGGCAGCAGAGGAAGCAAGAAACUGCCAGAACUACACAUCCUGGACAAAACAGCAAGCCAUGAAACACAUUGAGUCACAAGCACACGAGAGAUGGAAUAGAAGGACUAAGCUGAACACAAGAAGUGAGCACAUGCAGAAAAUAGCCACCAACAUGAAGAAGAAAGGACAAACACUUGGAAGAAGAAGCACACAAGUCAUCAUCAACCAGCUAGUGAGCGGCCAUACCAGACUCAACUCCUAUCAAAACUGGAUGAACCCUGAAAUCUCACCUAGCUGCACAGACUGUGGUGCUGUGGAGACCACCAACCACUUCCUGUACCACUGCCCUCGCUAUGCAAAGGAAAGACAACACAUGCUGCUAGAAGUGGAGAAUAUAUAUGAGACAUACAACACAGCAGAGGACAGCAGAGACACGGACAUCACUACGCUUGUCUUCAAACAGUAG